UAAAUAACUUUUUUUUAAAAUCUUUGGAAAAUUUUCUCUUCAUAUUAGUAUAAUAUACUAGUACUACUAUUCAUUAUUUAAUACUCAUAUUAGCUAGCUAAUUUUUCUUUCUUAAUAGGCAAACAAAUGAUGACAGUCUUCUCAUUCUUCAAAAUCUUCCUCCAUGCCGUCAAUUCUCUCUGCCUUCCAUGGCUCAAAUCCAAGACAGCAGCACCCUUAAUCAUAUGAAAACAAAACCCAAAACCAACACCUGCUUUCUUGGUUGUUUUGGAUUUUCCGGGAAAGUUUCUGAUCAGGAACCGACCCCUCCUGAUCACAUGGUAAAACCCGGCAGCCGGAAGAAAACCCGGUGGUUUUCAUGGUCACGCUUCCGAGCUAAGAAUUCCGUUGCCAAAACCGUCCCCGUCGACGUGUCAUCGGAAAAGGUCAUCAAUCGGAGUAAGUCAAUCUCUACAGACAAGUCAAAGGUCUCUUCCAAGCAUCAUAUCCCGGCCACCGGCCUCGACCAGAGUCAGGUUCCGGCGGCGAAUAAACCUCCGAAGUGUAAAACGAGGUCCAAAACUGCCCAACAUAACAUCAUCCUCCAAAGUCGCAAAAGUUUGGAUCCAUUUCAGGCCAACGCGUGUCAAACGCGGUUGUCAGACAGUCGGAAAAUAGAAAUCCAAAGAACCGGAGUCAGCCAGCCCGGUUCACCGGUGUACCGGACCAACUCCCGCCAGACCACCACCUUGCUGUCUCACUCGGCCCCUUUUCCGGUACAAAGGCACGAGAAACAACCGGCGGUGGGCAAAACUGGAAAUUCACGAAUGAAGACGGAGAGGAAGCACCGGCACCGCGAAAGUGACACACUGGCCGGCAAAUUUGACCAGGUAGUUGGGAUGUCAAUUAUAAUGGUGACCCUAAUAAUUAUGUUAGUCUGGGGUAGGUUUUGUGCCAUCCUUUGUACGUGUGCAUGGUUUUAUGUCAUUCCUUCCUUAAGAAUAAGAGCUGAAUCAAGAAAAGAACCCAAUAUAGGUGGGUCAGAUUUGAAUUCUGAGGAGUACAAGAAGAAAGUGGUGUUAGAGGGAUUUCUUGAGAGAAACCACAGAAAUAAUGCUUAUGGAAGUCCAUAAAAGCUAGGUUAGUUGGACUUUCCGGUGCACGUUAGCAUUGACACGGUGAACUGGCUAAAGUGAGCCGGAGGUCUGAUAGGCUCCCUCUUCUUUCUUUCUCAAAAGGUACGGUUGUGUAAAUUGGGUUGGAUACAUAAACAUAAACAUAAAAUCGUGUACUAAAUUUGUGAUAAUUAAAAGCGGAUUUUGUUAUAGAA